UCCCUCAGGUUAAGCCGGGUGCAAACAGUCAUGGCAGCUCUCAGGACUCUUCUUCUGGCUUUAGCCGGUUUUCCCUGCAGCAGGACCUCAGAGUGCUCAUACUUCGGUCUGCUGGAUCACCUGAACAUGACGACGUCGAAUCAAGCUCUUAAAAUUUCACGUCCUGUAAAGAACUGGACCUCGACCACGUUGGUUCAGCUGGACAUGGUUCUGGACGGGAUUUUAGACAUGGAUGAGAAGUUUCAAACGAUUACAAACCACAUCUGGCUCAAAAUGUAUUGGAUUAAUGAAUUUCUAAUCUGGAAUUCCUCUGAGUUCUGUGGGAUUAAAAUGCUGACAGUUCCCAGCUCCAUGCUCUGGACUCCGGAUAUAAUCAUCCAGGAGGACAGCUCUAAUGAUGGAGGUUCUGACGAGGAUCCUCUGCUCAGCGUGUUUUCAUACGGGCUGGUCAUUUUAAACAAACGGCUCCAGCUGACCUCCGCCUGCAAGUUCGACUUCUUUAGGUUCCCAUUCGACACCCAAACCUGCAACAUCUCGUUUUCAUCCAUGACUUAUGAUGAAAGUCUGAUGAAACUGGGAAAAGUCAUGAGUGACACCCUCCUGACUGAGGUGUCUGAGCAGAUCAUGCUGACAGCGGGCGAGUGGAAACUCGUCAACAUAACAAUUAUCAACUUCACUUCUGUCACCAUGAAAAGUAAACUUGUUUACAGGAUUCUGCAGGAGUUGCAGAGGCGGCUGAAGCAGAAACGGUCAACCGUCCACUGGAAGGACGUGGUGACGGAGAACUGA